AUGUCAUCCACCACAGGAAUAUCAUCAACUACAGUAGAAGACCCAACAAGUGAGUUAACACAAACCACAAGUGUUUCUGAAUCUUCACCAUCACCUACUACAGAAGGAUUGAGUGUUCCUGAAUCAUCACCAUCAGCAACCACAGAAAGAAAGAGUACUUCAGAAGUUACCUCAUACACAAAAGGAAUAUCAUCAACUACAGUAGAAGACUCAACAAGUGAGUCGACACAAACCACAAGUGUUUCUGAAUCAACACCAUCACCAACCACAGAAGAAACGAGUACUUCAGAAGUUACCUUCUCCACAACAGGAAUAUCAACAACGACAGUAGAAGACUCAACAACUCAGCAGACACAAACCACAAGUGUUUCUGAAUCAACACCAUCACCUACCACAGAAGGAACGAGUACUUCAGAAGUUACCUCAUCCACAACAGGAAAAUCAUCAACUACAGUAGAAGACUCAACAAGUGGCCAAACACAAACCACAAGUGUUUCUGAAUCAACACCAUCACCUACCACAGAAGGAACGAGUACUUCAGAAGUUACCUCAUCCACAACAGGAACAUCAUCAACUACAGUAGAAGACUCAACAAGUCACCAGACACAAACCACAAGUGUUUCUGAAUCAACACCAUCACCUACCACAGAAGGAACGAGUACUUCAGAAGUUACCUCAUCCACAACAGGAACAUCAUCAACUACAGUAGAAGACUCAACAAGUCACCAGACACAAACCACAAGUGUUUCUGAAUCAACACUAUCACCUACCACAGAAGAAACGAGCACUUCAGAAGUUACCUCAUCCACAACAGGAAUAUCAUCAACUACAGUAGAAGACUCAACAAGUCACCAGACACAAACCACAAGUGUUUCUGAAUCAACACCAUCACCUACCACGGAAGGAACGAGUCCUUCAGAAGUAACCUUAUCCACAACAGGAAUAUCAUCAACUACAGUAGAAGACUCAACAAGUGAGCAGACACAAACCACAAGUGUUUCUGAAUCAACACCAUCACCUACCACAGAAGAAAUGAGCACUUCAGAAGUUACCUCAUCCACAACAGGAAUAUCAUCAACUACAGUAGAAGACUCAACAAGUCACCAGACACAAACCACAAGUGUUUCUGAAUCAACACCAUCACCUACCACAGAAGAAACGAGCACUUCAGAAGUGACCUCAUCCACAACAGGAAUAUCAUCAACUACAGUAGAAGACUCAACAAGUCACCAGACACAAACCACAAGUGUUUCUGAAUCAACACCAUCACCUACCACGGAAGGAACGAGUCCUUCAGAAGUAACCUUAUCCACAACAGGAAUAUCAUCAACUACAGUAGAAGACUCAACAAGUGAGCAGACACAAACCACAAGUGUUUCUGAAUCAACACCAUCACCUACCACAGAAGAAAUGAGCACUUCAGAAGUUACCUCAUCCACAACAGGAAUAUCAUCAACUACAGUAGAAGACUCAACAAGUGAGCAGACACAAACCACAAGUGUUUCUGAAUCAACACCAUCACCUACCAAAGAAGGAACGAGUACUUCAGAAGUUACCUUAUCCACAACAGAAACAUCAUCAACUACAGUAGAAGACUCAACAAGUGACCAGACACAAACCACAAGUGUUUCUGAAUCAACACCAUCACCUACCACAGAAGAAACGAGCACUUCAGAAGUUACCUCAUCCACAACAGGAAUAUCAUCAACUACAGUAGAAGACUCAACAAGUCACCAGACACAAACCACAAGUGUUUCUGAAUCAACACCAUCACCUACCACGGAAGGAACGAGUCCUUCAGAAGUAACCUUAUCCACAACAGGAAUAUCAUCAACUACAGUAGAAGACUCAACAAGUGAGCAGACACAAACCACAAGUGUUUCUGAAUCAACACCAUCACCUACCACAGAAGAAAUGAGCACUUCAGAAGUUACCUCAUCCACAACAGGAAUAUCAUCAACUACAGUAGAAGACUCAACAAGUGAGCAGACACAAACCACAAGUGUUUCUGAAUCAACACCAUCACCUACCACAGAAGAAACGAGCACUUCAGAAGUUACCUCAUCCACAACAGGAAUAUCAUCAACUACAGUGGAAGACUCAACAAGUCACCAGACACAAACCACAAGUGUUUCUGAAUCAACACCAUCACCUACCACGGAAGGAACGAGUCCUUCAGAAGUAACCUUAUCCACAACAGGAAUAUCAUCAACUACAGUAGAAGACUCAACAAGUGAGCAGACACAAACCACAAGUGUUUCUGAAUCAACACCAUCACCUACCACAGAAGAAACGAGCACUUCAGAAGUUACCUCAUCCACAACAGGAAUAUCAUCAACUACAGUAGAAGACUCAACAAGUCACCAGACACAAACCACAAGUGUUUCUGAAUCAACACCAUCACCUACCACGGAAGGAACGAGUCCUUCAGAAGUAACCUUAUCCACAACAGGAAUAUCAUCAACUACAGUAGAAGACUCAACAAGUGAGCAGACACAAACCACAAGUGUUUCUGAAUCAACACCAUCACCUACCACAGAAGAAAUGAGCACUUCAGAAGUUACCUCAUCCACAACAGGAAUAUCAUCAACUACAGUAGAAGACUCAACAAGUGAGCAGACACAAACCACAAGUGUUUCUGAAUCAACACCAUCACCUACCAAAGAAGGAACGAGUACUUCAGAAGUUACCUUAUCCACAACAGAAACAUCAUCAACUACAGUAGAAGACUCAACAAGUGACCAGACACAAACCACAAGUGUUUCUGAAUCAACACCAUCACCUACCACGGAAGGAACGAGUACUUCAGAAGUUACCUUAUCCACAACAGAAACAUCAUCAACUACAGUAGAAGACUCAACAAGUGACCAGACACAAACCACAAGUGUUUCUGAAUCAACACCUUUACCUACCACAGAAGGAACGAGUACUUCAGAAGUUACCUUAUCCACAACAGGAAUAUCAUCAACUACAGUAGAAGACUCAACAAGUCACCAGACACAAACCACAAGUGUUUCUGAAUCAACACCAUCACCUACCACAGAAGGAACGAGUACUUCAGCAGUUACCUUAUCCACAACAGAAACAUCAUCAACUACAGUAGAAGACUCAGCAAGUGAGUCGACACAAACCACAAGUGUUUCUGAAUCAACACCAUCACCCACAACAGAAGAAACUAUUACUUCAGAAGUUAUCUUAUCCACAACAGGAAUAUCAUCAACUACAGUAGAAGACUCAACAAGUAAGUCGACACAAACCACAAGUGUUUCUGAAUCAACACCAUCACCUACCACAGAAGUAACGAGCACUUCAGAAGUUACCUUUUCCACAACAGAAACAUCAUCAACUACAGUAGAAGACUCAACAAGUAAGUCGACACAAACCACAAGUGUUUCUGAAUCAACACCAUCACCUACCACAGAAGGAACAAGCACUUCAGAAGUUACCUUUUCCACAACAGAAACAUCAUCAACUACAGUAGAAGACUCAACAAGUGACCAGACACAAACCACCAGUGUUUCUGAAUCAACACCAUCACCUACCACAGAAGUAACUAGCACUUCAGAAGUUACCUCAUCUACAACAGGAAUAUUAUCAACUACAGUAGAAGACUCAACAAGUCAGCAGACACACACCACAAGUGUUUCUGAAUCAACACCAUCACCUACCACAGAAGAAAUUAGUACUUCAGAAGUUACCUUAUACACAACAGAAACAUCAUCAACUACAGAAGAAGACUCAACAAGUGAGCAGACACAAACCACAAGUGUUUCUGAAUCAACACCAUCACCUACCACAGAAGAAAUGAGCACUUCAGAAGUUACCUCAUCCACAACAGAAACAUCAUCAACUACAGAAGAAGACUCAACAAGUGAGCAGACACAAACCACAAGUGUUUCUGAAUCAACACCAUUACCUACCACAGAAGGAACGAGUACUUCAGCAGUUACCUUAUCCACAACAGAAACGUCAUCAACUACAGUAGAAGACUCAACAAGUCACCAGACACAAACCACAAGUGUUUCUGAAUCAACACCAUCACCUACCACAGAAGGAACGAGUACUUCAGAAGUAACCUUAUCCACAAAAGAAACAUCAUCAACUACAGUAGAAGACUCAACAAGUGACCAGACACAAACCACAAGUGUUUCUGAAUCAACACCAUCACCUACCACAGAAGGAACGAGUACUUCAGCAGUUACCUUAUCCACAACAGAAACGUCAUCAACUACAGUAGAAGACUCAACAAGUGAGUCGACACAAACCACAAGUGUUUCUGAAUCAACACCAUCACCUACAACAAAAGAAACUAUUACUUCAGAAGUUAUCUUAUCCACAACAGGAAUAUCAUCAACUACAGUAGAAGACUCAACAAGUGACCAGACACAAACCACAAGUGUUUCUGAAUCAACACCAUUACCUACCACAGAAGGAACGAGUACUUCAGCAGUUACCUUAUCCACAACAGAAACGUCAUCAACUACAGUAGAAGACUCAACAAGUGAGUCGACACAAACCACAAGUGUUUCUGAAUCAACACCAUCACCUACAACAAAAGAAACUAUUACUUCAGAAGUUAUCUUAUCCACAACAGGAAUAUCAUCAACUACAGUAGAAGACUCAACAAGUGACCAGACACAAAAUACAAUUGUUUCUGAAUCAACACCAUCACCUACCACAGAAGGAACGAGUACUUCAGAAGUAACCUUAUCCACAAAAGAAACAUCAUCAACUACAGUAGAAGACUCAACAAGUGAGCAGACACAAACCACAAGUGUUUCUGAAUCAACACCAUUACCUACCACGGAAGGAACGAGUACUUCAGCAGUUACCUUAUCCACAACAGGAAUAUCAUCAACUACAGUAGAAGACUCAACAAGUGAGCAGACACAAACCACAAGUGUUUCUGAAUCAACACCAUCACCUACCACAGAAGGAACGAGUACUUCAGCAGUUACCUUAUCCACAACAGAAACAUCAUCAACUACAGUAGAAGACUCAACAAGUGAGCAGACACAAACCACAAGUGUUUCUGAAUCAACACCAUCACCUACCACAGAAGAAAUGAGUACUUCAGAAGUUACCUUAUCCACAACAGAAACAUCAUCAACUACAGUUGAAGACUCAACAAGUGAGCAGACACAAACCACAAGUGUUUCUGAAUCAACACCAUCACCUACCACAGAAGGAACGAGUACUUCAGCAGUUACCUUAUCCACAACAGAAACAUCAUCAACUACAGUAGAAGACUCAACAAGUGAGCAGACACAAACCACAAGUGUUUCUGAAUCAACACCAUCACCUACCACAGAAGAAAUGAGUACUUCAGAAGUUACCUUAUCCACAACAGAAACAUCAUCAACUACAGUUGAAGACUCAACAAGUGAGCAGACACAAACCACAAGUGUUUCUGAAUCAACACCAUUACCUACCACGGAAGGAACGAGUACUUCAGCAGUUACCUUAUCCACAACAGGAAUAUCAUCAACUACAGUAGAAGACUCAACAAGUGAGCAGACACAAACCACAAGUGUUUCUGAAUCAACACCAUCACCUACCACAGAAGGAACGAGUACUUCAGCAGUUACCUUAUCCACAACAGAAACAUCAUCAACUACAGUAGAAGACUCAACAAGUGAGCAGACACAAACCACAAGUGUUUCUGAAUCAACACCAUCACCUACCACAGAAGAAAUGAGUACUUCAGAAGUUACCUUAUCCACAACAGAAACAUCAUCAACUACAGUUGAAGACUCAACAAGUGAGCAGACACAAACCACAAGUGUUUCUGAAUCAACACCAUCACCUACCACAGAAGAAAUGAGCACUUCAGAAGUAACCUUAUCCACAACAGGAAUAUCAUCAACUACAGUAGAAGACUCAACAAGUGAGCAGACACAAACCACAAGUGUUUCUGAAUCAACACCAUUACCUACCACAGAAGGAACGAGUACUUCAGCAGUUACCUUAUCCACAACAGAAACGUCAUCAACUACAGUAGAAGACUCAACAAGUGAGUCGACACAAACCACAAGUGUUUCUGAAUCAACACCAUCACCUACCACAGAAGGAACGAGUACUUCAGCAGUUACCUUAUCCACAACAGAAACAUCAUCAACUACAGUAGAAGACUCAACAAGUGAGUCGACACAAACCACAAGUGUUUCUGAAUCAACACCAUCACCCACCACGGAAGGAACGAGUACUUCAGCAGUUACCUUAUCCACAACAGAAACGUCAUCAACUGCAGUAGAAGACUCAACAAGUGACCAGACACAAACUACAAGUGUUUCUGAAUCAACACCAUCACCUACCACAGAAGGAACGAGCACUUCAGAAGUUACCUUAUCCACAACAGGAAUAUCAUCAACUACAGUAGAAGACUCAACAAGUGAGCAGACACAAACCACAAGUGUUUCUGAAUCAACACCAUCACCUACCACAGAAGAAAUGAGUACUUCAGAAGUUACCUUAUCCACAACAGGAAUAUCAUCAACUACAGUAGAAGACUCAACAAGUGAGCAGACACAAACCACAAGUGUUUCUGAAUCAACACCAUUACCUACCACAGAAGGAACGAGUACUUCAGCAGUUACCUUAUCCACAACAGAAACAUCAUCAACUACAGUAGAAGACUCAACAAGUGAGCAGACACAAACCACAAGUGUUUCUGAAUCAACACCAUUACCUACCACAGAAGGAAUGAGUACUUCAGCAGUUACCUUAUCCACAACAGGAACAUCAUCAACUACUGUAGAAGACUCAACAAGUGAGCAGACACAAACCACAAGUGUUUCUGAAUCAACACCAUUACCUACCACAGAAGGAACGAGUACUUCAGCAGUUACCUUAUCCACAACAGAAACAUCAUCAACUACAGUAGAAGACUCAACAAGUGAGCAGACACAAACCACAAGUGUUUCUGAAUCAACACCAUUACCUACCACAGAAGGAACGAGUACUUCAGCAGUUACCUUAUCCACAACAGAAACAUCAUCAACUACAGUAGAAGACUCAACAAGUGAGUCGACACAAACCACAAGUGUUUCUGAAUCAACACCAUCACCUACAACAAAAGAAACUAUUACUUCAGAAGUUAUCUUAUCCACAACAGGAAUAUCAUCAACUACAGUAGAAGACUCAACAAGUGACCAGGCACAAACCACAAGUGUUUCUGAAUCAACACCAUCACCCACCACGGAAGGAACGAGUACUUCAGCAGUUACCUUAUCCACAACAGAAACGUCAUCAACUGCAGUAGAAGACUCAACAAGUGACCAGACACAAACCACAAGUGUUUCUGAAUCAACACCAUCACCUACCACAGAAGGAACGAGCACUUCAGAAGUUACCUUAUCCACAACAGGAAUAUCAUCAACUACAGUAGAAGACUCAACAAGUGAGCAGACACAAACCACAAGUGUUUCUGAAUCAACACCAUCACCUACCACAGAAGGAACGAGUACUUCAGCAGUUACCUUAUCCACAACAGAAACAUCAUCAACUACAGUAGAAGACUCAACAAGUGAGCAGACACAAACCACAAGUGUUUCUGAAUCAACACCAUCACCUACCACAGAAGGAACGAGUACUUCAGCAGUUACCUUAUCCACAGCAGGAACAUCAUCAACUACAGUAGAAGACUCAACAAGUGAGCAGACACAAACCACAAGUGUUUCUGAAUCAACACCAUCACCUACCACAGAAGGAACGAGUACUUCAGCAGUUACCUUAUCCACAGCAGGAACAUCAUCAACUACAGUAGAAGACUCAACAAGUGAGUCGACACCAACCACAAGUGUUUCUGAAUCAACACCAUCCCCUACCACAGAAGGAACGAGCACUUCAGAAGUUACCUUAUCCACAACAGAAACAUCAUCAACUACAGUAAAAGACUCAACAAGUGAGCAGACACAAACCACAAGUGUUUCUGAAUCAACACCAUCACCUACCACAGAAGGAACGAGAACUUCAGCAGUUACCUUAUCCACAGCAGAAACAUCAUCAACUACAGUAGAAGACUCAACAAGUGAGUCGACACAAACCACAAGUGUUUCUGAAUCUUCACCAUCACCUACCACAGAUGAAAUGAGCACUUCAGAAGUGACCUCAUCCACAACAGGAAUAUCAUCAACUACAGUAGAAGACUCAACAAGUGACCAGACACAAACCACAAGUGUUUCUGAAUCAACACCAUCACCUACCACAGAAGAAAUGAGCACUUCAGAAGUGACCUCAUCCACAACAGGAAUAUCAUCAACUACAGUAGAAGACUCAACAAGUGAGCAGACACAAACCACAAGUGUUUCUGAAUCAACACCAUCACCUACCACAGAAGGAACGAGAACUUCAGCAGUUACCUUAUCCACAGCAGAAACAUCAUCAACUACAGUAGAAGACUCAACAAGUGAGUCGACACAAACCACAAGUGUUUCUGAAUCUUCACCAUCACCUACAACACAAGAAACUAUUACUUCAGAAAUUAUCUUAUCCACAACAGGAAUAUCAUCAACUACAGUUGAAGACUCAACAAGUGACCAGACACAAACCACAAGUGUUUCUGAAUCAACACCAUUACCUACCACAGAAGGAACGAGUACUUCAGAAGUUACCUUAUCCACAACAGAAACAUCAUCAACUACUGUAGAAGACUCAACAAGUGACCAAACACAAACCACAAGUGUUUCUGAAUCAACACCUUUACCUACCACAGAAGAAAUGAGCACUUCAGAAGUGACCUCAUCCACAACAGGAAUAUCAUCAACUACAGUAGAAGACUCAACAAGUGACCAGACACAAACCACAAGUGUUUCUGAAUCAACACCAUUACCUACCACAGAAGGAACGAGCACUUCAGAAGUUACCUCAUCCACAACAGGAAUAUCAUCAACUACAGUAGAAGACUCAACAAGUCACCAGACACAAACCACAAGUGUUUCUGAAUCAACACCAUUACCUACCACAGAAGGAACGAGCACUUCAGAAGUUACCUUAUCCACAACAGGAAUAUCAUCAACUACAGUAGAAGGCUCAACAAGCAAGCAAACACAAACCACAGGCUCAUCUAAACCUUCACCAUCAUCUGCGACAGAGGAAAUAAGAACUUCAAAAGUUACAUUAUUUACAACAGUAAAAUCAACUUUAAUUUCAACAGCUCAAACCUGUCAGGAUUGUGACUGUAAUGGGUCCCCAUGCUUCUUCAAUCAGACAAUUAAAAAAUGUCAAUGUCUGUGCAAACCCCCUACUUUCGGGGAUAAAUGCAAUUUUGUAACUGGUUCUUCCCCAGCUGAUUUAUCUGGAAACACUCCCACAAGGAAGGCAAAGAUCUCUCUUACACUUAUGAUGGACUUUCUUCCAGAGUAUGGAAAUGUAAAUUCUCCUCAAUACAAAAAUCUAACUUCCAUUUUAAAACGUGAGAUUUCAAUUCUCUGCAGAAGAGCAGAUGUACGAAACUUCAAAGAUGUAAAUAUUACAAAACUACGGCCAGGAAGUGUUAUUGCUGACAGUAUUGCUGAAUACAACUAUCCCAACAAUAACACACAAAUUCAGUUUUUAAACAAAGAUCUGGAACCCACACUGAAAAACAUCUUUAAUGAUUCAGACUCUUUUAAUAAUCUCUCUGCUGCUCUCGGCAAUGUUUCCAUUGAGAUUCCAGAAAUAACCAUGGAGCCAUCUAAUAUAACAGAUAUUACAGAUUUACAGGAAUAUGUGAAUUGCACUGCGGGAUUUGCAAACUUUACAGCGGAGCUUAAAAAUGAUACAUGGGUUUGUGUGGGGCCAUGUGAAAAUAAUACGAAUUACUGCAGUAAACGUGGUCAAUGCUUCAAUGCGAUAAAUGGACCAGAAUGCCAGUGUGAUCGAUCAAACUUUGAGGAGUACUAUGGAACCAACUGUGAGCUUUACCGCAGAGGAGCCGCUUUCUAUGCUGCUCUGUUUGGGAGUUUAGCAGCUUUUAUUGUGAUUGUCAUUGUUGUGAUUGUGGUGGUUGUGCUUCGGUUUAGAGGCAAUAGCAACAAGGCGUUAUUCAAAAGAAAGUUGUCAUUAUUUGGUGACGUCUUCUUCGAUUUUACAUCACGAGAACAUGCAGCGACGAGUACUUAUAGACCUUUUCAAGAUAAUGCACCUGUAGGACCAGAGCAAUAUGAUGUAAGGAUGUAAAGAGAGAUGGAGAAUAUUUAUCUGAUGUUUUGGAGAAUGUCGACAUUAUAAUCUCAAUGAUGCAUAAUGCUUGCUUUUAUUGAGCAUCUUUUGAAUUUCUGAAAUGAUUGUUUGGAUUAAGCAAGCUCGUCUGCUAAUUUUGCUAUAGGUAAACAAUAAAAAACUGGACUUUUAGCUUAUGGUGACAGUAGAUUAACAUUUUGAUAAACUCUGACUGUUAAACUUCUUUAAAAAUAGAGAAAUGUGAUACAUGCAGGGGUGGGGUUUGACCUAAAUUAUUAUUUUAUUAUUAUUAUUAUUAUCUUUUUAUUUAUUUACUUUCUGCUCUUUUUAGACGUAGCUAUAGUACAUUGGCAUGAUAUGUUUUUAUUUUUGCAAUGUUUG